GGGGGCGGGGGCGGCCCGGCGGGUACUUAGCGGCGGUGCGGGGCGGUACGGGGCGCCGCGGUCCCGUCUCGUCCGCCCGGUGCUCGCCAUGAGUUCGGCUCCGCCCGUCUUCAUCGGCGCCGAGGAGGUGGAGAAGCACCUGCGCCGCGCCAGCCUCCUCCUCCCGGCGCUGGAGGCCGCCCUGGCCAACUUCUCGGCCGGCGCGGCGGGAGGCGUCGUGCAGCCCCUGCGCACCGUGGUGCCGGUGCAGCGGCACGGCGGGUUCCUAGGGGUCAUGCCUGCUUACAGUGCUGCAGACGAUGCGCUGACAACCAAGUUGGUGACUUUUUAUGAGCACAAGAAGGAUUCCUCUGUCCCUUCUCACCAAGCAACAGUCUUCUUAUUUGACCCAAGAAAUGGCUCUUUAAAAGCUGUCCUAGAUGGCAGUGUGAUUACAGCAAAACGAACAGCUGCAGUUUCUGCAAUUGCUACCAAGUUGUUAAUGCCAGCUUUUGCAGAAGUGCUGUGCAUUUUGGGAGCUGGUGUUCAAGCAUAUAGCCAUUAUGAUAUCUUCACAGAGCUGUUCACAUUUAAAGAGGUCAGGAUAUGGAAUCACACCAAAGAGAAAGCAGUGAAGUUUGCUAAUUCAGUUAAUGGUCCAGUGAAGGUUUGCUCUUCUGCUCAGGAGGCAGUUACUGGGGCUGAUGUGAUUAUAACAGUCACUAUGGCAACAACACCGAUUUUAUUUGGAGACUGGGUAAAACCAGGUGCCCAUAUCAAUGCUGUUGGAGCAAGCAGACCAGACUGGAGAGAACUGGACGAUGAACUGAUGAAGAAUUCCGUUCUAUUUGUGGAUUCCAGAGAGGCUGCUCUUACAGAAUCGGGAGAUGUUAUAUUAUCAGGGGCAGAGAUUUUUGCUGAGCUGGGAGAGGUAGUGAAGGGUACAAAACCAGCCCUGCCUGAGAAAACAACAGUGUUUAAAUCACUGGGGAUGGCAGUUGAAGAUACAGUAGCAGCAAAAUUUGUUUAUGACUCGUGGUCAGCUGGUAACUAAAGAGAGAAGUCUGCAAUGCCAACGAGGCCAAGAAAAUUGUUUGCACUAAGUUUCCUUGGAUCUUUUGUUAACAAGAAGGGCCACAUUCAGAGAGGAUUGGUGCCUUUUAGAACAUUCAAGAAUGAAAAGUAAAAUCUCAGCAAUAGACUAAUUUUUACAGUUUUCUAAUGGCAAGUAUUAGAUACCUGCAGUAUGACUAAUAAAUGCAUCUCAUGUAAUGGCAAAUACUAGAUGUUUGCAGUGAUGCUAACAAGGGUAUUUUUACAUAUUUUGGUAUAAUUCUGCAAUCAAUACCUUUCCUCCCUAAUUAUUUAGUAGCAGAAGUCUGUGGGUAGAUUUUGUGUUUUUAGAGAGGUAAUUCAUACUGGAGUAAAAUAUAUCAGUUUGGAGAAUGGAGUCUGGCACCAUAUUUACCUGUGAUGAUACUUUAAAGGCAUCUGUGGAUUUCAGUGCUAUAUUGACAGUAACCUAGUCUCUUCUGGGACCAUAGCCCACCUCUGACUCCUGCAUAGCCCUUCCCUUCCAACUCAGACUGGGAUCUGGAAGUCACCAUAUUUACUUUCACCCUUUCCCUGCCCUCAGCCCCAAUGUUUUUUUUUCAUUUAAGAGCACAUGCCUGAGUGGGAGUUUAUGUAAAUGAUGAUGCCUCCAUACAGUUGUAUUUCUGUCUGGGUUUGUAAAAGACCUGGCUCAGGAAGAUUUAAAGAGUGCAAACUGGGAGGAAACUGUACUCGAUACCUCUCUUAGUGUGUUCCUGGGUGGGAUAUUGUCAUUUUCGUAUUGCAAGGAGUUACCCAAAAUGUGAGCACUAGAAAUGUGUUUUGAUUUAACUUCUAUUUAGUCUGUAGGGAGACAUUAUUAAUCUAUGGUGUUUGUAAAUUCUUUUUCUAAGCUUCUUGAAGGUUGGAACCAUGCAAAUUGAUUUCAGUAGGGUAAACUUCAAGUAUACAGGCAAAUAUUUUCAGCUUGGCUGUACUCGAUGGGUAUUUGUUGGGGCAGGGAUUUCCAUGAUCCUUUCUUGGCAGAGGAACACAGUGAUGUUCUACGUAAGGAAAAGUUCCAGUUCUAUGCUGUUAUGCAACUGCCUUACAAAACAUUGAGCAUCUGCUGAAAAAAUAGCAAUUGCCCUGGAAACAAAUUCCUGUCUCAGGCUAGAGUUGUGCCUUAUGAAAUCUUAUUUCUUCUUGCAUAUUAUUUCAUGCAGGCUAUUAAGUGUUUCUUUGUUCUGUGGAAGGAUUAGAUGACACAGUCAUUCUAUACUGAAGCCAGUAGAAUACAGUGGAGCAACAGGAAGGAGGUUCAGAGGUGGUUAGCAUUAAAGCUCUUGAUGGUAUAUAAGUAAGUAUAGAAGAGGUUAAUGAGUACAGUGCAGAUGUGACAUAAAUAAUACUCCAAAUUAUAAGCCUGGUUUAAACUAGUUGGAAAAAAGUAGUAAGUGGCAGAGUUUGUAAUUUGCAGAGUUUUAGCAUGGAAGGGUACCAGACCAGUAAGUGAACAGGGCCAAAGGAUGUGUUCAUGUGGAUAGAAAUCUAACUCCAUUGAUCUUGUUUAUAUCAGCAGAAACAAGAACAAAAAUUUCUCUAUAAGCUUUUACAUUUUUUUAAUUGUAGCAAAAUUACCCUUCUAUUUUUACAUGUCUUUUUUUCUUUGUCAUUUCUGAAGCGUUCAGAAAUUUAGGUGUUGACUUAGCCUGUUACUUCAGCAAUAGAGAACUCCACUAGCUUGAGACAAAAGUGACAGCCAUUGAUGUUCUGUAAUUCAAGAACUGUGUGGAAACUUGCACUUACUACUUAAGACAAUAUAAUCCCAGUUCUGUGCCUGUGUAAAACAAGGUUUGUAAUUUAAAGUGAGACAUAGUCUCGGGAAGAAGACUAAUACAGUUUAUUUUCACACCUACUCUUCUACAGACUCUGCACUUUAAAAGUAGAUGGAACUAGUCCAAAAACCUGGUUCUGAAAACCCACAGUGUUCUCAGCUUUCAUUGGCAAUAGGAGAUUCUGGGAGCCUGGCUUCAGCAUUGUACCUCUGAAUUCAUUAAGAGAAUUUGAUCCAGUUACAAUGGGAGUUGCUGGGAUGCUGUCUUUAGAUUUUUUUUUUUUUUGAGGGAAAAUAAUAGCCUUAAUUUCCAUGUUUCCUUCUCUUACGAAUUGGAGUGGCAAAUUGUGUAACUUGCAUUUAUGUUAAAAUUAAAUAGAUACUGCUGUUCUUCUUUGACUUUCA